AGGCGUCAGUCAAGCUUAAGCCACGACCCUUAACCCGUUCAGUCACUUGCUGUAAUGCUCCUCCGUGUUUACUGCUGAGCAGAGCACGUAUAUGCGGAGUUUUCUUCUAAAGCAGCUGUUUUUCCCUUGUGUUUCACAGUCUCUUUAGGAAUCAAACAUGCCUAAAAGAAAGAAAGCAGACAGGGAUGCCAAGGAUGAGCCUCAGAGGAGAUCUGCACGGUUAUCAGCUAGACCAGCUUAUGUGAAGGCUGAACCCAAACCAAAAAAGACAGCUAAGAAAGACAAAGCUGCCAAUGUCAAAAAAGAGGAUAAAAAGAGCAAGGUGAAGGCCAAGGAGAGCUCUGAGUCUGCAGCCAGCGAGGAGAACCACUCAGAGAACUGAGAGGACAAGACCAACGCGGUCACAAAGACUCAAAAACAUGCGAAGGAAGUGAAAUCUGAGUAGCACUAUUGCCUCCCAUCAACACUGUCAUCACAGCUCCUCAUCACUCCUAGUGUUGUGUCAUUGUCCAAUCUCCAAGGCAUAUCGUUCACAGAGAAAUAUUUUUAUCAAUGGUUUUAUAAGUAUCAGCACAGGUUUUUUAGCACAAAAUUAAGCUAAAUGCUGAGCACCCUGUAGAUCUGCAGCGAUUGUUUCUGCGAGGACGCCACACUAAAGGUGUUUUUAAAUGCCAUUUAUUGUUAAUGAUAACUUAUUUGGUCUAGAAAAAUCAUACCUGCCUCUAGAGUUUGGAGUGUUUUCUUAAAGUGUUUCUACAUUCUCUUUAUCCUCCGUCCUCA